AUGAAGGGGAUAUACAAGUCAUUGGAAGGAUUGAAACCAGUAAUGCUAAUGUUGUUUGUGCAGAUUUCAUCAGCUGCUGUGAAUAUCAUAACUAAGCUCGCCAUAAAUGAUGGAAUGAGCAUGACAGUCGCCACAGCUUACCGCUUCAUUUUUGCAUCGGCUGUCACUGUUCCACUUGCGAUUAUUUUUGACAGGCGAUCAACCUUCCUACAUCAGUUUCCUCCACCUCUGAAGAAAUCGACCCCAAGUUCUCUUCUUGAUAAAGAGUUUCAUUUGACUGCAGCUUGCUGUAGGUACCAACAGGAAACUUCUCCUUACGCAAACUCCAACACAUCUUAUGUCACAUUGAAAACUUUAACUUCCAUUUGUUUAUCUUCCAUAGGAGGCAAAUUGUUUGGUAGCUCAUCUGCGGUGAACUCCUUGAAAUCCUUUAGGACUCCUAGCAGCUCUUCUGGAAUUAUUGUUUUCUCCUAA